AUGCCGGGUAAGCCACCCAAAAUGAUCAUCACUGAUCAAGAUGCAGCCAUGUCAAAGGCAAUUGUUGUAACUCUCCCGACAACAUUCCAUAGAAAUUGCAUGUGGCAUAUCUUGAAUAAGAUUAGAGAGAAACCCGGCAUUGGAGAAUGUUUUUCGGAAAUGUGCAAAUGCAUAUGGGGUAUGGACAAGAAAGAAGAAUUUGAUGCGAAAUACGAGGAAAUCAUCACAAACAAUGGGCUACAAGACCAUGCGUUGCUGAGCUCAAUUCAUGCUAUGCGGGAGAAUUGGGUUCCAUCACAUGUAAAACAUGUGUUUUUGGCUGGGAUGUCAAGUAGUCAACGGGCCGAAAACUGUCAUUCAUUUUUCAAACAAUAUAUUAACCGAAAAAACACAUUGAUGGAAUUCAUUGUACGUUUCGAGAAAGUUCUUGCUUCACAAAGACACAAGGAGUUAAUAGCUGAUCAUGUUGAUAACAAUAAAAAACCUCCACUGCCAUUUCAAACACCAAUGCAACAUCAAAUGGGACGCAUUUACACUUGGGAAAUUCUGGAAAUGUUUGAGAGGGAAGACUUCAGAAGUCUUUUAUGCUUGUUCGAACUUGUAGAGCAAGAUGAGAUGCAGUGCAGAUACGAAGUAAGUGAGCAGGUAAAUCAGGGGGUGACACGGAUGAAGGAGCUUGUGCAUGAUAAAGAUGCCGAUAAAGCUUACUGCAGCUGCAAAGGAUUUGAAUUUUGGGGUAUUCCGUGCCGGCACAUCCUAGCAUUCUUAAGAAUGAAGCAGGUUGAGCACUUUCCAGACAAGUACAUAUUGAAACGAUGGCUUCAAAGUGCGAAAAUCAGUGUAAUAUAUGAUAAGAAUCACAAAGAAGUUAACAAUUGCGUUGAUGGUUUGCUUUUGGUUAAGAGAUCGAAAGUUUACAAAGUUGCAAGUGAUUUGAUUGAUUCGACUUUGUUGUGUGAUGAAGGUUUUGAGUUGCUGGAAAAAUCUUUUGAGGACAUUCGUGGGAAGCUUACAAGUUUGGUGUCAUCAAGAGCUCAUGUCGAAGAACCCAAUGGUUUUGUCGGAACUAGUUAUCCCCAACUCAGAAUCAAAGAUCCACAUCGAGUGAAAGUAAAAGGGCGUACGAAAAGAGUUAAAGUAGAAAAAGAGAAGGCAGCGCAACGACGUAAACGUCGGUGCAUUGAAUGUAGGAAGACUGAUCAUGAUAGAUGGAGUUGUCCAAAACUUGCGAGCCCCUCUUCAUCUUCUGACACAGAACUUGGUGGUCCAGUUCGUGUCCACUCAGAGCACGCAGGACAGUGA